UUCAAGAGGCCAACUGGUUUACUCUUCCAUGGAUUUUUUUGUCAGCACUGCUCUUCUCCUGACCAUCUCCUGCUGCCUGGGGAAUACUGAAGCCGGAAGUUAUAUACUCACUGUACCAAAUGGGGGUCCCUGGGGUGACUGGGGCUCAAGUGAGUUUUGCCCUGGAGACUCUGCACAUGGCUUCUCCCUGAAGGUAGAACCACGCCAAGGAAAAGGUGACGAUACAGCUCUGAAUGGAAUCCGUUUGUACUGUAAGAAAGGCAAAACAAUUGAGUCUACAGUUGGACCGUGGGGAGACUGGACCAUCACCCAGUUCUGCAAAUCAGGCUACCUGGUUUCUUUUUCUCUGAGAGUUGAAGGCCGUCAAGGAAAAGGUGAUGAUACGGCAGCUAACAACAUCCAGUUCUCUUGCAGUGAUGGUCUAGUCAUGACGGGCCAUGGCCAGAGUUGGGGGGAUUUUGGCCCAUGGAGCCUUCGCUGCCCAUCAACUGGUAUAUGUGGGAUACAAACAAAGGUGGAGGGAAGACAAGGCAGGCGUGAUGACACAGCACUCAAUGACGUGCGUUUUUAUUGCUGUUAAUGGCUGAUACACGUUUUGUCACGUGGAAAUACGCUUUUGCUAUACAUUUCCAAAAACUGUUAAUUAUAGUCUAAUAUUAACUUGAGGAGAGAGUAAAAUGUUUGUGCAAAAUGUGGUAGUACAAGGUAAUCCUCCCACCCCUCUGUGUAUUUUGAAAUGGGCUCAUAUUGGAGAGAAAAAAAUGUGGUGGCAGAAACCUCAAGCAUUGCAAAGAUUGAUGAUCUCUUCUCUAUCAUUUUGAAUCAAGUCACAGAAGCAAACUGUAAUUCUGUAUUACUGCUUUCUUGCUUGCAAAUAAAAUUGUGUUGCAUCUUCAAA